UCCUGUCCCUUGUUCGGUAAACCUGUCAACAAUAACGUCAGUUGUUCCCGAACAAUGCGCCAAGCUCCAGCCUAAAAACAUUGUUAUGCUGUAACCAACCUGUCCCUGGAUAUAGCAUACAUCGUACAGCCUCGCAGCGCUGAUAGGGAAAACCUCCCCUGAAUUUGGUUUCCGCAUUCUGGGGUUGCAUGCAUGCACUCUGACUAAAUUUCAACUUAAUUUCUACCUCGCGGCCAUUUAAUUCCAAGCACCCUCCACAAUGCCACGUUUGCAGAACGACUAGUAGUACCUGUUGCUGUGUUUGGCCAUGUCUAGCGUUGACUGGCAGACGCCGUUGUCCUCGACCUUGGGGCUCGUAUUGACCUCAAUCGGGUAUUCGCUAACGGCUUUGUACUGGGCUGUCGUUUGGCUCGCACUUCAAGUCGUCGCAAAGGCGCCGGCUUACUUGUACAAGACUGUGUCUAUCGUCGCGACCCCCCUGACAUAUCCACUAUACUACAUAUGGAGGGCCGUAGCCUUCAUUCUCUCGCCGGUGUGGGCUCUAGGAAGGAUGGUAUCGGGCAUGGGAAGCUGGGUCGUAGGCGUCAUUGUUAAGUUCAAGUAUCUGUAUAUUUAUUUCUCCGUGGCGGCUUUGAUAGGUAUCUUCUCCGCCUGCAUGCUUUACGGAACAAGCAGCAUAGUCUUCUCCCUGCUCGGAAUCUCGCCAUCAUCACACCCCGCCCGUCGGCAGACGCAGGGUGGGCCGCAGUCGUCUAACAGCAGAUACGAGUUGCAAGAGCAGUCGCCAUGGGGUGAUGGAGACGAACAGGACCGAACCUCGUCAUCUUCUAGCGAUUCUGAUGACUUUCCUCCUAGACUGGGACAGCCGCAGCGCCGAAGUAACAAGCCCGUCUUGACAAACAGAGAGUUCGAGCAGGCGUACCGGCAGGCCAAGAGUACGCGACUCAGUCCUAUUAAGCCGAGCCGGAGAUUUAGGGGGCUUCUCGCUCAAACGAUUCACGAGGAAAGUAGUGAGUCCGGCUGAUCGUAAGGCACAGGUGAGCAAAUAGAUCAUCAAG